ACUCUUCAAAGCAACGUCACCAUGUCUCCUCCAACAAAAUAUGCCGUCGCUCUCUUCCGGGGCUUCCAAGCUCUUGACGUCUUUGGCCCGAUAGAUGCCUUGAACUACAUGUCGAGGAACCAGCCGCUCUCACUUUCCAUACUCCACACUUCACUCGAGCCCGUCACGACGCUUGUUGAUUCGACUCCUGGUCGAAUUGGACAGAGUGUUGUUCCAACACACACCUAUGACACCGCGCCUGAGGAUAUUGAGGUCCUGUUGGUGCCUGGUGGCAUGGGAACCAGAGACCCCGAGAACGUGGCAAGAGUGAGACAGUUUAUCAAGGAGAGGUAUCCAAAGCUGCGAUACCUCUUGACUGUCUGUACGGGAAGUGCUGUCGCUGCGCAGUCGGGUGUCCUCGAUGGCAGGGAAGCAACGUCAAACAAGAGAUCGUUCUCCUGGGUCGUAUCUCAAGGGCCAAAGGUCAAGUGGGUAAAGGAAGCAAGAUGGGUCGUGGACGGCAACAUCUGGACAUCAUCCGGCAUUUCGGCCGGCAUCGACAUGAUCUUCGCUUUUAUUGCCAAGCAGUACGGACAAGACGUGGCAGAUGAUACGGCGAUCGGCUCGGAAUAUGUACGCAACACGGAUCCCACCGUUGAUCCCUUUGCCAAGUAUGCAGGAUAGGCGACACGGCAAGGCGAUAAUGUGGAGGCCCGGCACUCCGUGUUGUCCUGCAAUUCGCCAUUAUCGUGGGGAUACCAGCAGUGCCAAGACACAACCUACUACUUAUGUGUAAGAGCUUCAUGCAAUUUCGUUACCUGUACAAGAGAAAACACUCCCCUCGGUUGGACCGGCUUCCUUCGGAUAGGCUGUAUCACGUAACAAGUGGAUAUCACAAAUUCGUGUCUCACUUAUCCUGCGUGAUGUCUCGGGGAAGCCGCUCUCUUUCCGUCUUGGUGUAUGUUUUGCAACGUGUUUGUUCAAGUGCUUAUCAGAGAACCUACGCGAGGGAGGCUAUUGAGCAGUCCAGAGACCAAUAUCUGACACCAAUGUGAUUAAAGAUAUCGGCAACGGGGUGACAGUUGGGCUUAUUGGUUCGCUUGGCUUUGUGUGGCUGGCUGUCGUGCCUUGAAUGGGCUAGGCAGGCUGGGAUCAUCCACACCUCAGCUCAAGAAAUGUGCUUGGAAAGGGACCUUGGUCGGUGGGGGCAAGGUGAUGGAGGACAGGAGGUUGUGUCACAAGAGGCGGAUAAAUACAUUAAUGACCCUCCUGUCUCUCAUUUUGUCUUCGUCGGCUUUGCUUUCGUUGCCUCGAAUUAGCCUUGCUUUCCGCUUCCAGUCAAACGCCAAGAUGCAGGAAUCAACCAUACACAGCAUGUCUCGGGGC